CUACGCUAUACGUCACCGCAGCGCCGGAAGUUGCCUUUUGCUGUUUUAGUCCGGUCUCGCUUGUCGCAGUGUGUUAGUAACGCGGCUCACAGACCAUGGCGGACGUACUGGAUGUUCACGUUGCCGGUGGGGAGGACUUCGCUAUGGACGAGGAUGGUGAUGGUAAAAUUGGUGAUGGACAUUAUACAUCACUGGGGUUGGAGGGGAUAGAUAUCCAUCACUGGGGUGGGGGGGGAGAUUUUACCCCUCACGGGGGAUUUUACACCUCACGGGGGGGAUUUUACCCCUCACGGGGGAGAUAUUACCCAUGGGGCUGAGAUAUUAGCCAUCGUUGGGGGGGAGGGGAUAUAAUACACCCCAGCGAUGGGCAAUAUCCCAGGUACUACUAGUAUUCUCAGCUGUGUAGAUCGGGGGGGUGAUUAUAUAACUAGCUGUAGUAGCUCGUAAAAAGUGUCUCUAUGUCCCCAGGAGAGCUGACUGUCCCCCUCACGGGGCAGUUAGAGGUGUCGAGCGAGUCCUUGUUCUGAGUGUCCUGUCAAGGAAGGUAUUCAUACUACUUGUGUUUUAAAAGUAAAACCGGCGAGGCCAGGUCAUAUCACGGGCAACAUCAUCCAGCAGGGCCCGUUUGAGUUCCAUGCGAAUCUCACUCAAGGUCUGUGGAUCCGGGGUAGAUUUAUUACGUUCUUCCGCGCUUCGUAGCGAUUCCUGCAGAUCUCUGAUCUUCUGAGUUUUAAGCAGUUUUUUGUAUGUUGCUGUCUUGAUGAGCAGGCCUCUGAUGACUGUCUUAUGACACCACACAGUGGCAGCAUUGACAUCUGGCAUGUUGUUGAGAGGAAAGUACUCCUCUAAGGCAGUAGUCCGUUCCGCCAUGACCGCUCUAUCUUUCAACAAUGAAUUAUUCAGGAGCCAUGUCCAUCUCGUUGGAAUCAAAAAGCCUCUCAGAAUGAGAUCCCACCACGAGAUGGACCGAAUGUACCCCCCCUGUACCACCGGAAUCGUCUUUCUGGAUACCAGAAACAAGUCAAUGGGAGAAUACGUCCCAUGAAGGGCCGAAUAGAAUAUGUAGUUGUGCUCGCCAAGGUGAUGCACCCUCGAAAUAUCCACCAAUUUACAGUCUUCAAUAAAACUACGUAAAAGUUUGUCGUUGGCUCUCAUCCCAUAAGAACGCCGGGUCCCAGGAGCCACGCUUCUGUCAGCUGCUAUACAUGAGUAGCGUUACAGUCCCCUCCCAAUACCAAGUACUCUGCACUAAGAGGCCUCACAAGGUCCCCCAAAUUGGUGAUCAGCUGUGUUUGGUGCGUAUAUGUUUACUAAAUGAAUUGUUUGGGUCCCUAGCAUACCAGUCAGACAUAGGUGUCAUCCGAGCUGGACCCCGUAAUCUGUAAAUUGCAUCUCUUGUGAAUGAGAAUUUCAACUCCAUUAUGUUUACGAAAUGAUCUGGAAGAGUACGAUCUAUCAAAAUUCUUCUUAUACCUUAACACAAUAUGGGAGGGCCUUGGCAGAUGGGACGCCUGGAGAAAUGCGAUAUCUGCCUUCAGUCGGUUUAAUUCCUUAUAUAACAAGUGCCUUUUCUUAGGGUAGUUGAGGCCUUUGAAAUUCAGAUACACAAUCUUGCACUGCUUUGCCAGCUUUUUUUAACAGGGUUUUUGGAAUGGCCAAGUAAUUACUGUGUUAAGAUUGUGUGCAAAUUUACUUAAAGGGACACUUCAGGCACCCACACCACUUUUGCCCAUUGGAGUGGUCUGGGUGCCAACUCCCAUCACUGAAAUAAUUACCUUGCAGGGUUAAGUCCUCCUCCAGUGGCUGUCUAUCAAACAGCCACUAGAGGGACUUCCGGCUUCUUAAAACACAAAAAGUGUUUUAACCGAUGUUGGACGUCUUCACGCUAUGCAUAAGAACGUCCAGCGUUGCCUGAAUAAUGCUUUUCGUAUGGGGAGGUCUAAUGCCCUUCGACGGGGAGGAGCCUGACCCAGUGCCGACGGACAUCGGCGCUGGAUUCAGGUAAGUCACUGAAGGGGUUUUAACAUGGGAUGGGGGUGGGAGAGAGGGGGGCACUGCAGGAUUCUGCAGUGCCCAGAAAAUGGGUUUGUUUUCCUGACACUGGAGAGUCCCUUUAUCCAAAUAGUGUAUUGCUGUAAUAUAAACAGAUAAUUCUGUAAAAUCAGAUUUCCUGUGUAAUGCAAGGGGGACCAGGGAAUAGUUAGUCGUACACUAUAGUGUCAAAAAUACAUGUUUGUAUUCCUCAUCCUAUUUUAAUGUAGAAGUGAACCCUGCUGUAUUUACUUUAUUCCUAGAACUGGAUGCCUCCAUCUUGGCUCCCUGUCUCUUCCAUUGACCAUUGUUAAUGUAAGAAGACAAACCGUAUCAAUGUUCCUGUUCUACUCGUUUGCGUUGUCUGUCCUGGGAUAUGACUAAACUAAGUUGAAUUGUGACGUAUAUUUUUUUUAUUUUAUUGUACCCUGUUGUAUCAAUGCAAUGUUUUGUGGAACCAGGACAUACCUGAAAACGAGAGAAAUCUCAAUGUAUCCUUCCUGGUAAAAAUAGUUUAUAAAUAAAUACAUUUGCACAAUCUUUGAUAAGCAUAUAAAAUAAAAUCUCACGUAAAAAAAAGUUAUAGGUGGUUUUGAUGUUAGUCUUGUUUAACAUACACAUCUCCUUCAAUUUCCACAGAGAGUAUUCACAAAUUAAAGGAGAAAGCCAAGAAAAGAAAAGGGAGAGGAUUUGGUGCUGGUAAGUCAACACUUUAUUAUGGGGGGUUGUGUGUUUUUUUCAGUCGUGUGACUUUGCAAUAGUAGAAAAGUGUUUGUUCUCACGACUUACCUUUUUUCUGUAUUUUUCUGUCAGAGGAAGGUUCAAGGGCCAGAAUUAGAGAGGACUAUGACAGUGUUGAACAGGAUGGAGAUGAACCUGGCCCACAAAGAUGUAAGUUUGCGCUCUCAUCACUUCAAGUUCUUGCUCUGCAAAUCAUGCCUAUAUUUUCUUUUAAGGAACACUAUAAUGUCAGGACACAACCCUGUAUUCCUGACACUGUAAUGUUAAACCCACUAUUUCCAUCUUCGACCCCGUUCGCUUUGCUUUGAAAAGCUGUUUUUACUCAAUUUGUUUCCCCCAGCACAGCGCUGGUCUCACCCGGCAGUCUCUGCCUCCUUGGCUGAGAUCAUCAAACUUGAUGAUCCUAGCCAAUCCAAAGCUUUCCCAUAGAAAAGCAAUGGGAGGUUGUUGCACAUCCACAGCAAAACACUGCACUGCGCCAAUCGACAUCUCACAGCGAUGUAUUGAUUCAAUGCAUCUUUAUGGAGAAUGUUCAGCACCUUGCUAACUCCAGUGCAGCACUGACACAGAAAUAAACUCUAGUGGCCGUCUUAGUGACCGCCACUAUAGGUGUUACUAGGCAGCAAUGUAAACACUGCCUCUAUGCAUGUACGAUAGUAAAACUCUAAGGUGAUCUUGCAGGAUCAUCCAUAGAGCCUAAUGACAACUGGGGGCUUGACAAAAGGUAGCUUUGCCCUUAUUUCAAAGAAAUCUCAACAAUCUAUGUGAAUAUUUUUAUAAAGAUUCCCUCAUUUUAGACAGGAGGGUGAGUGCCAUUUAAAUUAUUUUGUUCAUCUUUGCUCAUGUUUUAUUGUAUAAUCUGUUUUCUAUGUUUUUUGUAAAGCUUGGUGUCACUUUGUCUUGGUCAGUGUAACUUAUGAAUUCCACUCUGCCUGUCCUCAGCUGUAGAAGGCUGGAUCCUGUUUGUGACUGGUGUCCACGAAGAAGCCACAGAGGAAGACAUUCAUGAUAAAUUUGGAGAGUUUGGAGAGAUUAAGAAUGUGCAUCUGAAUCUGGACCGAAGGACUGGCUACCUUAAGGUGAGAUUCAAGAUAACCAAGACUAACCCAAACCAACCAUCCUAUGCACUUGAGCAUAUCUUUGAAAUUAACAAAUGUCUUUCCUACAGGGAUACGCACUGGUAGAAUAUGAAACCUAUAAAGAGGCUCUGGCUGCCAUGGAAGGUUUAAAUGGGCAGGAUCUCAUGGGGCAACCUGUCAGUGUGGAUUGGGGCUUUGUUAGAGGACCUCCUAAAGGCAAGAGGCGGUAAGUGUCCAGUGUUUUUCCACAGAUCUGCAUUAAUGUCCAGCCAGUGAUUGCAGUAGGGCUGUGGUUUACUUGAUUGGCAAUUUAGCCACUCAGGAUAGGUAAAACACAUCAAUAAAAUAAUGGAAAGCAAGACUUCACAAUAUAUUCUACCUAAGAUAGAUUGAGGAGGAUAGUGUUUCAAUUUUUUUAGAUAGAGGCUCCAGUAUGAAUAUGACAUGUACUGUAGACCAGGGACUGGCAAUGUUUUGCUGUCCAGAUGUUCCAGCGUUACAUCCUCCAUGAUUUAUUUUCCAUGGAGAUGAUGGGAAUAGUCUGCAUCUUUAAGCAAUGUAGGAAGUAAUGUUUUGUUUUGGGGGCAGGUGUGUGCAUGCAUGUGAUGACAUCAGCCAAACUUGUUCUUAAAAUUAAUUUUGUGUUUUCAGAAGUGGACGCAGAAGGAGCCGGAGCCCAGACAGAAGACGACGUUAGUCCUAUCUGCCUUUAGUUUGUAUUGGGCAUGUGGUUUUAUUAAUUCUGUGUUUUCAGAAGUGGACGCAGAAGGAACCAGAGCCCAGACAGAGGUCAACGUUCGUUCUAUCUGCCUUUAGUUUGCUUUGGACAUAUGGUUUGUUUCUGAAGAUGGGAAGAAAAUUGUAAUGGACAUGUUCUGUUUUCUCAGCUUUUGUUGGCUUGUGUAUUUUUCUUAAAGGAAUUUUAAAUUUUGGGGCAUAAAUGUGCUAUUGCAGCUUAAACAGUAAAUUAAAGGAAACAAAGUUGUUAUAGUUAUGGUCCACAAAUUUUGGAAUAAAGUCUUUUUAUGUUAUCUG